AUGAAUGUCAAACUUGAACUGCUGCUCACCCGCACUGUCAGCAUCGACGUGGUAGACAGCGACAUCGACGAUCCUACUCACCUCGCACAGCAAUUACAGGGCCAAGAUCAAGAAAAAGUCCAAUCCAUGAAGGUUGUGGAAGUGAAUGGUCGACAAGUUGGCACCUCACUGAACCCGGGAAGCGCACUCGAAGUCGGCAGAGACCAGAAGAUCAUCAAAUUCCAUCGGCUGAUUCCAGCAUUGCUCCAGAAGCUUCGCAGACGUCCGGAUCAUAUGAUGACCCACCUCUCUGAGAGCAGUUUUCAAGAAAGAGCACGCCAGAACACGGAGAAGGCGAAGGCCGGGCAUCGCAGUGUUGGUCACAGAUAUUAA